UUAGAAUUAGCGCAAAGUGUGCGGUGCGCGCGAAUAGCGUUGCAAAAAACACAACCCGCGGUACCCGAAACUCCAGUGUUUGCCGUCAACACGUCGCGCGCGCAACGUAACCCUCGUAGUAACUUGGAAAGUUGUGAAGUUUGCGGCUAUAAAAAUCAUACAAAGGAUCAGUGUCGUUUUAUUAACUAUACAUGUCAAAAGUGUAAACAAAAAGGACAUUUAAAGCGAAUGUGUAAAACCAAAGUGCGAAGGAAUUAUUUUGUAGCAGAGGAGGAUGACGAUAUCAUUCAAGAUCUCACAAACUAAGAACUAUGGAGGGCGGCGCAAGGUGUGUUUUGUGGAAGGAGAUCAGGUGUUAGUUAAACAUAUAUUUAGUAACGGAAAUAAGCACGUAUGGAAAAAAGGUUGUAUACAAAAACUUAUAGGUAAUAAAAUGUACUUAGUUCGUAUAAUAGAUUUAAAUAUAUUAGUUAAGAAACAUGUAGAUCAGUUACUGUUGUAUAAAGGUAAUAAUAGCGUAGGUACUACUAGUGAUACCCAAGAUAUUUCAUCUGACCUGGAAAUAACAAUCAACGAGUCAUUAUCUCCAAGUCAUGAUGCAGUGGCACCUCCAGCGAUUGAAGGCCAGACCUCUGACUCAAGUUUAGUUGAAAGUGGAAAUAAUUUAGAUGAGCCUUGCCAGUCGCUGAUACCACGGGAAGGUGUACCCCCCGACUCCAUAGUCCCGCCUGCUGCCACAUCGGUGGCCCAGAAUGAUGUUUUUCUAGACGGUGAGGCGGAGGGUACCGAGACUACCUUAGACCCUAUGACGCAUGCAGAUCGUCGUAAUAUCCGUGCCACUCGCAAUCCUAACCCAGUGUACAGAUAAAUACCUACUGCUGCCUAUGUUUGUUAGUGUGUAACCUUUCUAAUGUAUUAGUAUGCUUAGAUAGGUCAUAUUUUAAUUUUAAUUUUAAGCUUUCUUUACUAUUGGUGGAGGAAUUGUUAUGUUUUCAUAUAGAGGGUAGUUGUAACCCAUGUCAGUCUGUGUCCGAGCAUUAAACGUAGCACAUCAGUGUUCUAUAAAUCUGGAGUUUUCUUUAGAAACCUACGUCUA